AGCCGGAUCGUCAUCACAGACAUCCAAUCCCAGCUCUUCUCUAUCACAAACUCUGAACCCCUUGCAGAGUCAACAGAACAUGUCUGCGAUCUUGUCCGCCGAACUGAACGCCCCUACCCGGCAACCGACCCAAUCCUUUCCCCUGAAUACAUGAUUCACAGUCCCUCUCUGUCCAUGGAUCCAAGCAUCCUGUACACUCUCGACAGCCCUGAAAUCCGUUAUAAAAGCCGUCUACAAAGAGCAAUCCAUCGAGAGCAUAUUAUCUCGGAAAUCCCCGGAAUUUCAGGCGUAAUUAUGAACAACAAGGGUGAGGUUGUAUACUGCUACCGAAAAAUGCAACCCUGGAUCUCUAUCGAACCAUGGAACCCCGGAAACGGCGGGAUCUCCGUAUGCACCAUGCCCGGAGGC